AUGAAAAAGAUUUAUUAUGCUAUGGGCGAUAUAAUGUGUGACAUGGAUGAAUUGUCGAAUGCCAUGGAAAAAUAUAACGUAGCCGAGACAAAUAAUUAUUUAGAUGAGAACGAAAAUAAUGCACAGAUACUAGUAGAAGAAGAUGCAGAAGAGCCGGUAGAAAUUUGGAUAGCUCGAGCAAGUGACAUAUUGGGCAUUGCACAAAAUGAAGACGAUGGCUAUUUUACUGCAGUUAAUAUUUACACAAAACUUGUAUCAAAUGAUAAGUCAGUGAAAAAAGAUGAAGCUGUGCUUUAUGAAAAGAUAAGCGUUUAUUAUGAAAAUCUCGGUGAUCAUUUUGAAGCGCUUACAUCUUUGCGAAAGGCUGUCGAUUUAGGUAAUACAUCGAUUAUCAAUUUGUAUGCACUACGGCGUUUGAAUAACUUUUGUCAUAAAUUUAAUGAAGCUGAGCAAAUCUUUCAAGCAUUAUUAGCUCAUUCAUCCAUUCACAAAGAUAAACAUCUCAAACAGAUCAUACAAGACAAGCUUAAUGCAGUAAAAAUACUGAAGAGCAAUCAGAAUUUGCACUCAAAAAGCUCACAUUCAAGUGAUGAUGAUAAGCACCAUAGUAGCAUCAUUAACGGUGCAAAUCAAUUACACGAAGAUACACAUUCAAAUUCUAGUCAACAAGAUGGUAAUGACCGGAAUGCAAGCGUCGCUGAUACAGGUAAUGAUCCUUUCAAUUAUCGAUCGAUGGCAGUCGCUUAUCUCGUGCUUCAGGACUUUGAGAUGGCGAUGAUAUUCUAUCAGAAAGAUAUCAAACAACGCAGUAAGAAGAUAUCGGAGCCUGAUAUGUUCAAGGUAGAAUUAGAAAAAAUAGAUCAGGCUUCAUACAGUAUUAGUCAUCAGGAUAUACUACCUGUAUUACCAAAAUUAUUUCACUCAUUAGUCGAUAAAUUUCAAAACAUAGUGAAACGAAAAGAUUCAGAUAUGUUGUUAUUGGCCGAUUCAUUUUUUCAAUGUGCUAUUAUUCAUAGUCGAUUAUCAUCUUAUAUCAAGGCUAUCAAAGCCUAUAUAACAUCGUUUGGUUUCUAUGCUUCAGAAUUAAAUACCACGAAUGAUGAGUUAAAAACUACUUUAAUUGAUAUCAUGACAAAUCUGUUGAAUGCUUUCGUACAGUGUAAGCUCAAGCCGACGCAAAUUGUCGAUAUUUACAUUCAAUUGUCACUACCGAACGAGGCUAAUCAAAUGCGCUUGAAGCUGAUCACUAUGUAUCGUGGCAAUGAAUUGGACAAUAUAGACGGUGUACACGGCAUUAGUACUGGGUGA